UGCUAUAUAUCUCUUCAAUGGAUAUAACUUCACGCGGUACACGUGACACUCUUCCUUCUCGACGUAGCCAAGUUAUGGUGGCAUCGCAGCUCGUCCGGAGCAGAAGUGGAAGCAUAACGGCGAACGAGAGAUCUUCACCGAGGAAGCCUAGCUCGAGUAGCAAAAGAUUCAUCAGAAGCAAUAACCGUUCAAGAUCGUCAAGAACAGCGCAAAGUAGUUCGGGUACCACGUCACCGCCAGGCAUGAUGAAGAAGGUGCCUUCUGCGUGGGCAAUGUCGCCGGGAAGGUCAUCUCUUGGCUCACCGAUUGUUCCAAAGGCGGUGUCUGAGUCGCCCGCGAAAGCAAAUGGCGGUGGCGUGGUCAGCAAGGUGUUGAAUUACUGGAAGCAAAAAAAAGCUUAUGUAAUUGAAGAAGAAGGAUACCAUAGGUUUAGGAUUUUGCAUAACAGGCUUUUACAGUGGCGCUUUAUCAAUGCUAGAGCUCACUUUGCCAUGGCUCGUUUCAAAACUGUAGCCGAGAUGCAACUCUUUUCUGUAUGGUUUCGAGCUCUCCAAAUAAGAAAGAUGAUAUUACAAAAGAGAAUUGAAUUACAAAAUGCCAAACAUGUGAUGAAGCUUUAUCAAAUAGUGAUUCCGCAAGAUUCCUUUCUUGAUGAAUGGGCAAAAUUGGAGUUAAGAGAUCAAGAAUCUUAUGGGGGAUUGGAGAGGAAGUUGCUUGCACUAUCCACUACAAUGCCUUUGUCUCGCGAUCUUAAGGUUAAUACUGUGUCUGUGCAUGAAGCCUUAAACACAGCCAUUGAAGUAAUGAAUCUCGUUGAACCAUUGAUCAUGAGAUUCCAAAUUCAGCAGGUUGAACGAAUUCUUUAUCUAGUUACAGAAAUAAUUACCACAUCAAAACAGGAAGAACAGUACUUACAAAAUCUUAUGGAGUUAGUUUCAAUGAUUACUACUUUAAUGGAGAAAGAGAAAAGCAUUCAAGUGUGUCUUAUCUCUUUUACAAAAAACGGAGCCCAAUAUUGGCAUUGAUCCAUCAUAUAUUGGCAUUUGGAAAAAUAAAAACAAAAU